AUGUGGAUUGGACCUCAUCGAAAGACUAUUAUUAGGAACAAAGAAUGUGUCGAGAAAGUGGUUCCAUCGAUUCCUCGUAUUCAUGCUGCACGCAUUCUUUGUAGCCUUCUAUCCCAUAAGAAACUUCUUAUUGGUACAAUGGAAUGGGAGUUUGAUGGAGAUGCUGUUGAGAAGUUUAAGUCAGAAUCUGAAACCGCAAUUAGAAACAUGACAGAUAAGAUUCACAGUUUGGUGGACUUUCUUCAAAAGUUCUCCAGAAAAUCCCAUGUUUUCCGUGCCAACCAGCUAGUGACCACUAUUAAUAUGAUCUAUGAAAUGGAAGAAUUGCUCAGAAAUAUGUACGUCCCGUCGGAUCUGAAGAAAAUUGAGCGGAUCAGUGUGUUGCUCUCAGGAGAAUCGUUGACUCCUAUCCUUUCCAUGGAUACCUACUUACCCUUGCGUAUAGGAGGGAUUGCACGGUGCUCUGAAAACAUCUCCCAUGAGUAUGACGAGAAAAGUCCGGAUUUUUUGGAGAAGUUUGUCUAUAUGAGCGCUCUGACGGCUGGAUUCGGGGUCUUGCGUUUUGCUAAAUUUGAUGACAUCGCAAGAAGAAUCUGGGAUAGGCUCAGGAUGCCUGUUACUAUAAUUUCUGAUGAAUUGCAUAUGAAAGUGGAACUGGCGGGUUCUUUCAAAGGGGAUAUGACUCUUUUCCAUAUGAGAUCUCCGUGUGGAUAUUGGAUUUAUAUGAACAACUCUUGUGGUCUCGGCUGGUUGUGCAAACGAUGUGCCGAUCCAUUUGAAUUCAAAUAUUACCAAAAUUUGGGACGUCGAUGUGUCUUGGAACCGGAGUGGAAUGAUAUGGUUGCAUGGGGACAGACUGUUCGUAUGAAGAAUAAUGUAGAAGAAGCAAAGAAGAGAUAUAGGGAGGAUGAGAGGAAGAAGAAGAGUUCUGGAGACAUGACGGUGAUCCAGAAGAUGUGGGGAAUCGGAAGGGAGGUUGCUGAAGAUUCUGGUGAUCAAGGAGUGGAAGAUAUUAGUCAGAAGAUGGCAGAAGAUGGAGUUGUGGUCGUCAAAGAUUCUGAAGACUCUGAAGACGUGACCGCUCCUGAAUCUCAUGAAUCUAUGAAGCAAAGUCAAAGCCUGAUCAAUAAGAAAUCCAACGAAGGCAAGCAGGAUUCAGAAGACUCUGAAGACUUGGCAACUCACAAUUCAGAUGAAUUCACAAAGCAAUGUAAAUUCCAAAAAUUGGCGAUUUGUAUCACUAUGAAUGAUAUGGAUUUCUUUGUGCCACGUGUCAGAGUUUCAGUCAAGGAUUCUGGAAUUCUGAUUAUGAUUCAUACGGGGAUAGAUAAGUUUUUGAGAAUCGAGAUUGCAGGAGGACCUGAUGGGAAGACUGUUAUUAGGAAAUUCCAAAACAGCUACAACCGAAAAGAUGGCAUCCAGAAAGUGCUUCCAUCUACUCCACGCUACCAUGCAGCUCAAAUUCUAUGUGGUCUUCUGUCUCACGAGAAAUCUCUUAUUGAUACAAUGGAAUGGGAGAUUGAAGGAGGGAUCAAUGUGAAACAUCAUGAAGAAGAAACAGAGAGUGUUAAAGCGUCUCUCGUCAAAGAGGUACAUUUUUUGAGUGUUCUCCAAAAAUACUCUGGGAAAUCCCGUGGGAUUUUCCGUGCGAACAAACUGGCAACCUCUUGGAAUAUGACUCCGGAAAUGGAGAAUUUCCUGCAGAAAAUUCUGGUUCCAGCGGAUUUAAAGAGUAUAGAGAGAAUCAAUGUGACGCCAUCGGAGAAGUCAAUGACGCCCCUUUUUUGCUUUGAUACCUACCUGCCUUUGAGUGAUAGAGGCGUUCCGUGUGGAACCAAAACCAUCGGUCACGAAUAUAUUAAAGAGAUUUACGAAGCAUUCGGCUACAUGAGCAUAUUAUCCCCUGGAUUCGGACACUUCCGUUUUGCAACAUACGAUGACUACGCGAAAAAUAUUUGGGAUAAUGUCAAAUACCCGAUUAAAAAUAUUAAUCAAAAGUUGUACAUGAAAGAAGAGCCGGCGAAUUCUUUUAUGGGAGAAUUGACUCUAUUACAUAUGAGAUCUCGUUGUGGAUAUUGGAUUUAUGCAGUGUUGGAUAGUAAACUGGACAUUUUCAAUGAAUAUCGUGUUUAUAACAAGAUUUGUGGCCUCGGCUGGUUGUGCAAACGAUGUACCGAUCCAUUCGAAUACGAUUAUUACCAAAAUUUGGGACGUCGAGUGCUCUGCGAGCCGGAGUAUAAUGAAGUCAUUUCGUGUGGAUUCGAGGAGAAUCGACAUGAGUGGUCGCCAAUGAUUGAGGGCGCCAGAAUAAAGUAUGAGAAGAAUGAGGAGAAGAAGGAGAAGAAGGGGAUUCAGAAGAUGUGGGGAUUCUGGAACGGUGUGUCGGAUUCUGAAGAUAAGAAUAAGGAUGAGCACUGGCCCAUUAACGAUUCUGGAGAGACCACUCACAGCUCUACUGACUCGGAAGAUAGUGAGAAGAUGUCGGAUUCUGAGAAUGACGGAUCUGAGGUUUCUGAAGACGCCAAAACUGAUGUAGUCAUAAUCCAGGAGCCCGUCAUCGAGAAGAAGGUUCCAGAGGAUUCAGAUUUUGAAGCCGAGGAGAACGAUUCCAAAAAGGAUUCUGGGGAUUCUACUCACAGCUCUAUUGAUUCAGAAGAUCAGGAGAGUAGUGAAGAUUCUGAGAAUGAAGAAUCUGAGGUCAAGGAGAGUGUUCCUAAGGAUUCUGAAGACGCCAUUAAGGAUUCUGGAAGUGUCAAGAAGGAUUCUGAAGCGGGAGUUGAUUCUGAAGACGCCAAAAUGGAGGAUGAGGCUUUUGAAAACGAUGUAGUCAUUCAGAAGACCGGUCAGAGGGAGUUGCUCAUGGAGAAAAAGGUUCCAGAGGAUUCUGAUUCAGAUUCUGAAGUUGACAAGAACGAUGCCAAAAAGGAUUCUGAAGCUUCCGAAGACAUGGAACCAGAUGGCUUCACUAAAUUCAUGAUGAUGGGCCGGGCAUUGAGUGAAGAGAGAAUGAAAGUCUCUAUUUCGAUACUGAUUGUGAUGAUAGUCUAUGUGAACGCAUUUGACCUACUUAGAAGAUACGAGAGAAAUGCUACAGAAUCCCCAUUAAACGCUAUGAUCUCUAGACAUAUGAGAAUUGCCCAAAUAUUCAAUGCUCUCUAUAUAAACAUGGGAUUGACUGACCAUUCAAUCAAUUAUAAAGAUGUGGUAGCAGGAAUCAAGGCAAAGUAUAAAGUGGUGGAGGAAUUAAAAGAGGAGUUGGGAAGAGAAGUGAUCAAAGACAAUAGUACGGAUAAUAUACCAAAAUUUAUCACUGGGAAGAAAAAAGUUUAUAUGGAAACGUUCGCUCAUUUGAAGGUCGAUCCUGCUAUCACUGUUGUAGAUAUUCUCAAUAAAAUGAAAGAUUCGGAUGGUUUAGAUGACGAGGAUAAACGAAAUGCAACUUCAUAUAUUGACGCGUGUUACAAAGUCGCAUUUAAUUUAUUGGGAUACUCAAGAAAAGUGUUAACUGAUUUAAACAAUGCUGAAACACUACACACUGGAAUUCAGUUGGUAGUCAACCUUCGUGAUCAUUCGGAUGGACUAAAAGAGCUUUAUAGUAUGUUUUCAAAAGUGGAAAGCGGAAUGCAACAGUUGGAAAAAAUUGAAAUAACUUCAGUCAAGCAAAACCUAAGUCUUAUUCUGGAAGUUCUUCAAGAACUAUACCAACCAUCGACCAAUGUAUCAAUUGCUACAGCUUUUAAUUCAAGUGAAGUGAGUGUUAGCAAUCUGAAAAUAUUGGUCUCUUGCCUCAAUGUGAUUAGAGUUGAUGACGCUAAGAUCCAUGAUGAAAUUGAAGGAUUAUUGAGAAAUUGGAUAAACUUUAAAACUGGACUUCAAAAUAUUGAAAAGACAAUGGCAGACUACAAAGAUUUAAAUAAAUUGGCAGAGGAGUUAUACAAUAAAAGAGGUGUUGUUGAAAGGUUAAUAGAUGAAAGUUUUGAUGACUUCAAGACAAAAACUGGAUCUGAGUAUAUUGGAUAUUUCCAAAAGUUAUCAACAGAUUUAUUUGCUCCGCUCAAACAAGAUCAAAAUUUUACGGAUGCAGUGACAUUGUUCAGUAACUUUGACAAAAUGUUAACGGAGAUUGGAGCAAUUCAAAAUUGGGUAUUCGACACACUACAAAAGAACAAAAUCCAAAAAGCUGAAUGCAAACCGCUCGAAUUCGAUGUGAAUUCCUUGGACAAUAUUAAUGAAAUACCAACCGCAGUGUCUUCAAUGAAAUCUGAGAAACCAAUUGAAAAGCUUCUCCCCCUUUUAGAAGCAAUUUCAACAGUUAAAACAGGAUUGGAAUCACUUAAAACCACUCGACUUUCGUACGACGCUCCCACAAACCCAAUGACUACCAAACCACCUACGAAUCCAAAGAAGCCAACUCAACAGCGUCGAAAACGAGCUUCUGGAGCUCUUAACAUCAAAAACAAGCAGAGUCUCUCAGAAGUAGCAUUUGGAAUUCGAUCUCUGGAAAGAAUGAAUCAAAUAACUCAACUUGAAAGUGACUUGAAUACAGUAAUCACCAAAGGGGAUACUGUAGUGGCGGCGAUUCGGAAUGAGAAGGAUCCGAAGAAAAAAGGAGAGAUGGAGAAGGUAUGGAACAAGUUUCCAGAAGUUAGAUCAGCUUUGACUAGUCUACAAACUAAGAUAAAGGGAGUCAUGGCGAUGUCAACUGCCGCAGAAAAAAGUCUGACAGAAGUCUCCACAAAAUAUAAACCACUUGGAAGCGUAGAUUUCAAAGAGAAUAUUGAUCUACGCCCGUUGAGACUCUCCCUGAAACUUUUGAAUCCACCAAACAAGGAAAUCGAGCAAGCACUUGAGAAUCUGGAUGAUGCGCUGUCGAUGGAUUGGGCGUUGGCCCACGCUAGUUUUGUGAAAAUUCCAAAUUUGUUGGUGGGUCUUGAAAAAGAGUUCAAGGCGUUCUUCGAGGAGUCUAAGAAGGAGCAUAAGAAUCGUCAAUUCGAUGAGGCGAAAGAUAAAAGUUUUAUGGAGAAGAUUGAGGAGAACAUGAUGUGGGUGAUCAUUGGUGGUGUCGCUUUUCUGUGUCUUUUGAUAAGUUCGAUUGGUGGCAUGGCUUAUGGAAUCUGGUGGUUUAUUAAUGUUUAUGAUCCGGAGAUGAAGAAAAAGUUAGAGCCGGAUGAGAACUACAAACACGACGACGAGACGAAUAUCUACUCGUACAUGCAAAUGCAAGACGCCCGUCUUGAUCUGAACAAACGAGACGCGACCGGCCAGCCGCCACUCUGGCAAAUGAUUCUGGACCGCGACUAUGAGGGAAUGAAAAAGUAUGUGCUAGCCGGCGGUAUUAUCGAUCAGGACCUAAAUGGCACUUUCCAUCGGACGUGUCUCCACGAGCUGGUGCAUUUGCAGCAAAAAGAAAUGUGCUACUUCUUUUUGAAACACGCCGCCGAUCAGAACCUUCAUGACUAUGAAGGAGAAGAUCCGGACUUGUUUGCGGAUAGGUUUGGAAUGUAUGCUAAAUUUGAGGCCUAUUUCCACCGGAGAGAACAAAACCCGGAUUCUUUUUUUAGAGACCUACCAGCUCUUCCGCGGCCAUGGAAUGUUCUAGUGUUCGAUAAGAAAGCUCUCAAACGAAAACUGCGGAAAAGACUUCCACUUAGAAUCAAGAAGAACAUCACAUGGGGCUACGAGCCGGGCAUGAAACUCAACGACUUCACACAUAUAGUACUUCCGCAGGAGAUGGUUAAAGACAGGGACACCCUCAUACUCGAUGAUGACGAUAUGAUCCGUUGGCAACUGAUGGCGUGCUGGGGGUCGUUGAUCUGCCACGAGUGGUUGGAGGAGUUGACGACGCAUCCCGAGAAACAUGAGUGGUUGAUGAAGAAGGAUUGGAAGUAUUAUGUGGUGAACACGUUCUACAAUGGAAAUAAGCAUGAGAAGAAGAUUUUCGACUGCAAGACACUUAUUCAUAGGUAUCGGCCAGCGCUACUAUGUGAUAUAUCGAUUAUGAUUCUGAAGACAGAUGAUGCAAAGUUGACGGCUCAGCAAAAGAAAUGGGAGAAGAUAAUCGAAAUGUUUGGUGAAAAAUUGAUCAAGUUAAAAAAUCCGUUUUCAAUUGUGUACUCACCAAAAACUAUAAAUCCGUACUACAUGAUGGAUUAUGACUAUUGGUAUAAUCGUAAUGAAAAGAUCUGCCAUUCAACUUGGAUUUUGAAAUGCGAGGAUAGCAAGACCAAGCAGCAGUGGAUUGAUGACUGCAGUGAAUUAAUGCUAGUUGAUUAUCAUUACCUGUUCGAAUGUCUUGCCCGUCAUUAUCUGCUUCCAUUUGAUAAUCUAGUCGUUGAGAUUGCAAUGAAUGAAAAGUUUGCAAAGGAAGAAGCCGAGGAGAAAGCGAAAGCUGAGGGAGCUGAAAAUUCCACUACCUCAACAACUAAUUCUACUCAAUCGACCGUAUCACAGGUGCAGAGUAAAAUGGGAAGUGCAUCGAAGAGUCGAAUGACUGUGGCCGAUUUACCGGAUACGGCGAAACCGAAGAAAACCACUAAGAAAAAGAGACCGUCAAAGUCGGUAAUGAAGUGA